UGAACACUGCCAUUUCGUUUGUUUAGUACUGCAAAUCUCACACGUACGCUACCCGCGCUAACCCCACCACCGCCGUGUCAUCCACCUCACGAAACUUCGCAUGUUGUUUCUCGUUCUGAACCUCUCUCACUCUCUCUCUCACUCAUAGCGUUUUGUUAAUGAUGAAGACAGAGAAGAGAAAUAAGAUCGACCAAUUUACAGAGACCUGAGAAAGGAGAAGAGAGAGAGAGAAUAAAAAAAGUUUUCGAGUGGUAUAAAGAGUGAUGGGCUCUCCUUCAAAAGGAAGGAAUAACAGUUAUGAUUACUCAUUCAAGAUUCUGUUGAUCGGUGAUUCUGGUGUUGGCAAGAGCAGCCUUCUUCUCAGUUUUAUCUCCAACUUUGUUCAUGAUCUGUCCCCCACCGUUGGUACCUCUUUGUGUGGAUUUUAAGGUAAAGCAGCUCACUAUUGGUGGCAAAAGAUUGAAGCUUACAAUUUGGGACACGGCUGGGCAGGAAAGGUUUGGAACAGUAACAAGCUCUUACUACAGAGGUGCUCAUGGAAUUAUUCUUGUGUAUGAUGUGACUCGGCGUGAAACCUUCACAAACCUGCUGGAUAUAUGGGCAAAGGAAGUACAGCUCUACUCCACUAAUCAUGAGUGUAUCAAAAUUCUUCUUGGGAAUAAAGUCGAUAGGGAGAAUGAGAGGGCUGUAACGAGAGAAGAGGGGUUGGCUCUUGCUCAGGAACAUAAAUAUUUGUUUCUUGAAUGUAGUGCUAAAACUAAAGAGAAUGUCCACCAAUGCUUUAAAGAUCUUACAUUAAAGAUACUUGAGGUUCCGAAUUUUUUGGAAAAUGGAUCCACAGUAGUGAAGAAACAGAUUUUAGAACAGAAGCAGGUAGACCCAACUCCUCGUGGUGGUGGAUGCUGCUCCUGAUGUAAAUGAUGCAGGUACCAUACCACAACUAGAACUCGCCACAACAAAACCGAAGACCUCAAGAAGUGGUUGAAAUGGCAAUUGGACAACCUGCGUAAUCUCAGACACAUUCACCAUCAGAGGAACAAGCUUUUUUCCAAGCCAUUUUCUCAAAUAUAUAGUAGUUAUGAUAACUUUUUGGGAGUGUGAAUGACAUCUUGUUUAGUUCAUGUAAAUAUGUGGAUGUGUUGGAUCUUUUCUACUUGAUGCUGUUAGGCUUAGCUUGACAUUGGUUUCAUUGUAAACAGGUAAAAGAAAUAAUACAUGGGUCAUGUAGUGAAUAAUCGCUGUGUAUCCAAAACAGUUACAAGUACGUUUGAGAUGAUGGAAACUGCUCAA